GCAGCGAAGGGGAGCUGGCCUUCUUCUUCUUCUACUCCUCCCCUUUUUCUACUGCCAGCCAGGGGUGUGAGCAGGCAGAUUUGAGGCUCCUCUCUCUCCCUGCCUCCUAUUUGAGCCGCCCGACUCUGCUCACUCCUGAUCUACCGCACCGCACCCGGGGGACGCCGCUUCUUCGGCUCUCGUCUGUCUCUCUUCUUUCCCUGCGAGGGAUCGUUCAAGAUGUCGGGCGCGGCGCUGGUCGCGAUUGCGGCCUCCAUCGGCAACCUGCUGCAGGGCUGGGACAAUGCCACCAUUGCGGGUGCCGUCCUGUACAUCAAGAAGGAAUUCCAGCUCGAGGACAACCCCACAGUGGAAGGGCUGAUCGUGGCCAUGUCGCUCAUCGGCGCGACCAUCAUCACCACGUUCUCCGGGCCCGUCUCCGACAUGGUCGGCCGGCGCCCGAUGAUGAUCCUCUCCUCGGUCCUCUACUUCCUCAGCGGCCUCAUCAUGCUCUGGGCGCCCAACGUGUACGUGCUGCUCCUGGCGCGCCUCAUCGACGGCUUCGGCAUCGGCCUCGCCGUCACCCUCGUGCCCCUCUACAUCUCCGAGAUCGCACCCUCGGAGAUCAGGGGACGGCUCAACACGCUGCCGCAGUUCAGCGGCUCCGGAGGGAUGUUCCUCUCCUACUGCAUGGUGUUCGGGAUGUCUCUGCUGCCGUCGCCCGACUGGAGGGUCAUGCUCGGGGUGCUCUCCGUGCCUUCGCUCUUCUUCUUCGGGCUGACGGUCUUCUUUCUGCCGGAGUCGCCCAGGUGGCUUGUCAGCAAGGGCCGGAUGGCGGAGGCCAAGAAGGUGUUGCAGAGGCUGCGUGGAAGGGAGGAUGUCUCAGGAGAAAUGGCUCUUCUCGUUGAAGGUUUGGACGUUGGAGGAGACACCUCCAUUGAAGAGUACAUCAUUGGACCUAACGACGGUGCUGACGAUCAUGUUGUUGAUGGCGAUAAUGAGCAAAUAACCCUAUAUGGACCUGAAGAGGGCCAAUCAUGGAUUGCCCGACCUUCCAAAGGACCUAGCAUGCUUGGAAGUGUGUUUUCCCUCGCAUCCCGUCAUGGCAGCAUGGUGAACCAGAGUAUACCCCUUAUGGAUCCUCUAGUCACGCUCUUUGGGAGUGUUCACGAGAACAUGCCUCAAGCGGGAGGAAGCAUGCGGAGCACAUUGUUCCCCAACUUUGGCAGCAUGCUCAGCGUGGCAGAUCAGCAUCCCAAAGGUGAGCACUGGGAUGAGGAGAACGUUCACAGGGAUGAUGAUGAAUAUGCAUCUGGAGGCGACUAUGAAGACAAUGUCCACAGCCCGCUGCUGUCACGACAGACCACAAACACAGAUGUGAAGGAGCAGGGUCAGCAUGGAAGCACUUUGGGCAUUAGAAGGCGAAGCAUGUUGGGAGAGGGUGGGGAGGCCGUUAGCAGCACCGGUAUUGGUGGGGGUUGGCAACUCGCAUAUAAAUGGUCAGAGCGACAGGGUGAGGAUGGCAAGAAGGAAGGAGGCUUCAAAAGGAUCUACUUGCACCAAGAGGGAGUGCCAGACUCGAGAAGGGGCUCUGUUGUUUCACUUCCUGGUGGGGAUGCCCCUGAAGGCAGUGGGUUUAUACAUGCUGCUGCUUUAGUAAGCCACUCGGCUCUUUAUUCCAAGGAUCAUCUGGAAGAGCGUAUGGCGGCCGGGCCAACCAUGAUGCAUCCAUCGGAGGCAGUUCCCAAGGGCGCAGUAUGGAAAGAUCUGUUUGAACCUGGCGUCAGGCGUGCACUAGUCGUCGGUGUUGGAAUUCAGAUGCUUCAACAGUUCGCUGGAAUAAAUGGAGUUCUGUACUACACUCCCCAAAUUCUUGAGCAAGCUGGUGUGUCGGUUCUUCUUUCCAGCCUCGGCCUCAGUUCAGCAUCAGCAUCCAUCUUGAUCAGUUCUCUCACUACCUUACUCAUGCUCCCUAGCAUUGGUUUAGCCAUGAGACUUAUGGAUAUAUCUGGAAGAAGGUUUCUGCUACUCGGCACAAUUCCAAUCUUGAUAGCAUCUCUAAUUGUCCUGGUUGUGUCCAACGUUAUCAACUUGAGCACAGUGCCCCAUGCAGUGCUCUCCACAGUCAGCGUCAUCGUCUAUUUCUGCUGCUUCGUCAUGGGCUUCGGUCCAAUCCCCAACAUCCUGUGUGCGGAGAUUUUCCCCACCAGGGUCCGCGGCCUCUGCAUCGCCAUCUGUGCUCUGACAUUCUGGAUAUGUGAUAUCAUUGUUACCUACAGCCUUCCAGUGAUGCUGAAUGCUAUCGGACUGGCGGGUGUCUUCGGUAUAUAUGCAGCUGUUUGCUGCAUUUCAUUCGUGUUCGUCUACCUCAAGGUCCCAGAGACAAAGGGCAUGCCCCUCGAGGUCAUCACCGAGUUCUUUGCAGUUGGGGCAAGGCAAGCACAGGCCAACAUUUCCUGAUCCAGUACGGAGCCUUGCUUUCAUUUUGUACACCGUGAACUGCAAAAUAGACGGGUCCUCAUGAGGAUCGAAAAACCUGAUAGGGGGUUGUAAGCAAAGAGGAAAGGAGAUAUCUGUCAGUGCUCCCUAAGCAACACAAAGAGUUCAUCACCAGGAACGGGAAGCUACAAAGUAGGGAAAGCGCACCCCAUUUGUCAGCACAUCUUUCUUGUUAGUAUUGUAAUUUCCUCAUUAGUUGAUGGUAGGGAUAUUCAACUUGCUAAUCUGAUUCUGAAUCACUAUGCUCCUGCUCUAAAUAAAGAGAAGUCAUGUUUUUUUGUGUCAA